AUGGCCAGUUUACUCGCAGGUUCGGCAAAGCCUGAAGAAACUGCACCUGUCCUUGCAGAAACAGAAGUGGACACUGCGGUCCUUGAGGAAGAUGCUAACAAGGCUUGGGAAGAUAUCCUUGAGCCUCACAACAAUUGCUCUCCUCAACCUGCCUCACAAUCCACACUGCGUCAUCAUGCCCAGCCUGAUCUCACAUCUACUUGCUUGUAUGACAGCUGGAAAACACUUAUUCCUACUCUGGUCGAGGCCCAACUAGACUACACUGUGAGGACACUAGGAGCACCUCUUGAAUGA